UGCAUUCUUUGUCUUAAUUCAAAUUGAUUUAUUUUACUGAAGCUCAUUUAUAAAAAAGAAAUGCUUACAACCAAGGAAAACUUUCUGCAAGGUUUUCUAUGGCUCAAAACUAAGUUUAUUUUUAAACUUUACCUGUACAAGACUCUCUGGCAAAGCAGAGGUGCAAAUACAGUUUUGCAAGUUUCUAUGUCCUGAAAAUAGCCUUGAAUGAGCAGCAGGUGUCAGUGGACGUAGGUAUUUUGGAGUAUAGAGUCUACUUCCAUUCAGGUCAAACUGGUACAUUUUAGUUGUCAGAAAUAAUCCGUUUUCAGAGCAUGUUGCAGGUUAACACUGGCACGCAUACUGCUAAAUUUGGUUCAUGUUAUAUGUGAUCUUCUAAAGCAUACUUGCAGGUAGUUCCUUUUCAGUCUUCACAGAAUUUAAUGGAGUUUAAGUCACUUAAAUUCUAAGGAAAUGUUAGAAGUCCUGAAGAAACCACUCCAGCAGUUGAUGGAAUUUAAUAGAAAUAUUCAUCCCCUCCAGGAUUUUUGAACUGCUUCAUGGAAUUUAUAGUGAUUAGUAUACUUGAUAGGAUUUUUUUUUUCUUUCCAUUGGAAAAUUGCACUCAUAGGUUUUAUAGUGCAUUUUAUUAAGGGAACAAAUUAACGUCCUGCAAAAUGUAGGAAAAAGAGAGUUUACAUUAUAGAAAUAGUAUAGAAAUGAUCAUGAAAAAGUGUUUUGGAUCCAUCAGUUUACAUCAUUUCUGUGCAAAGGGGGUGGGUGGAGCAAUUCCAGCUUCUGCAUGGGGACAGAAACCUCAGCAGCUGUGUGAAAGUGCAGAACUCUCCUGAUGAUGUAGCUGGAGCAGAUGGGCCCCUUUUGAAUCAGAUUCAGCAGCAAUAAAAGACUGGAAAAAAGUGUUUUAAAGAAGGGUGGAUUGGUCUGGAGGAACAGGAAGUUCUCCAUGGGAAAAUCCAGAGAAAAGCCAGACUUUCUGAUACUGAGGCUUUAGAAGUAUAAUCCUGACUGGAGGCUUUAAGGAUUUGUGUGUGAUCAGCGUUGUGCUCUACCACAGUGAAGAGGUAUUUUUCACUUCAAGACACCUUGCAUUAAAGGAUCAUGGUAGACAGUUUAAUAGUUUCUUUGAGACUUCUUGGUUCCUUAGCAGUGCUGGGAUUUCAGUUUGUCAUCCCACAGCCUUCCAUUGAACACAGAAAGGUUCCCCAGAGGAUAGAAGAGCAAAGCGAUGCCCCUGAGGAUAGCAGUGGGGGAAUCCCGGGCAUGUGGGGCAGCUGGGGCCCCUGGUCGGCCUGUUCUCGGAGCUGCAGCGGUGGGGUGAUGGAGCAGACGCGGCCCUGCCUCCCAGCCUAUUACCGGGAACGGGGCUACCGACGGCCGGGCCGGCAGUACCCGGCCUCCGAGAGGCCUCUGCCUCACCAGAGCGCCCGCCACCACGAGGACUCGCUGACUGCCUAUCCUGGCCACGUCAUUUCUGCCAUCCGCACGUCUGUGCCGCUGCACAGGAACGAGGAGCAGCUUUGGGCCGGCCUUCGGGCCCCUGCUCCUUCUGGGGGCCGAAACAGCAGCCAGCUGAGCCGGGGGGCCAUGAGAGGCAGCAGGCACUCCCAGAGGCAGAGCGCCAAGCCAGAAAAGAGAAGCAGAAACAGAAGUCCUAUUGGUCCAGGAAAGUAUGGAUAUGGCAAAGUGCCAUACAUCUUACCUUUACAAACUGAUACUGGUCAACAGCCUCAGAAACUUCGGAGGCAGCGACAAUCAUCGAGGAACCAAGUAUUUCAUCAGAAUCCAAGCAUCAUGAGCGCUUACAGCCAGGCAGCUAGUCCUUCCCUUCAACAUGGGAAUCUUUAUCAAGAAGAAAGUGGGGCUCAGGCUGGGCAUCAAGUCCUGGGACCCUCAGUUUAUCAGUCCCCAUCGUUCCCUGUGUCGCAGAGCCUGUUCCACAGCAGUGACUCCAGCCACCACGGGCCCGUGUCACACCAGGUGGUGCAGGGCCAGCCCCAGCCCCAAAGGGCUGCAGCCAUUGUGUGCAUUGGCGCCUACAAGCAAUAUAAACUCUGCAACACAAAUGUGUGUCCUGAAAGCAGCAGAAAUAUCAGAGAGGUGCAAUGUGCAUCAUACAAUAACAAGCCAUUUAUGGGUCGAUUUUAUGAAUGGGAACCUUUUGCAGAAGUGAAAGGAAGUCAGAAGUGUGAGCUGAAUUGCCGUGCCAUCGGCUACCGGUUCUACGUGCGACAGGCCGAGCAGGUGAUCGAUGGGACGCCCUGCGACCAGAACGGGACUGCCAUCUGCGUGGCCGGGCAGUGCAAGAGCAUUGGCUGUGACGACUACCUGGGUUCAGACAAGGUGAUUGACAAGUGUGGAAUAUGCGGAGGGGACAACACUGCUUGCAAGGUUGUGUCUGGAGUUUUCAAACACACGCUAACAAAUCUCGGCUACCACAAGAUAGUGGAAAUUCCUGAAGGAGCUACUAAAAUCAACAUCACGGAGAUGUCAAAGAGCAACAACUAUUUGGCGUUGCGGAGUCGAUCAGGACGAUCCAUCAUCAAUGGGAACUGGGCAAUUGAUCGACCUGGGAGAUACGAAGGUGGUGGGACAAUGUUCACUUAUAAACGCCCAAAUGAAAUCUCCAGCACUGCAGGGGAGUCGUUUUUAGCUGAUGGUCCAACAAAUGAAGUCCUUGAUGUCUAUAUGAUACACCAGCAGCCUAACCCAGGUAUACAUUAUGAGUAUAUCAUUCCAGGAGACAAUGUCAUUAGUCCUCAGUUGCUUGCUCACAGGAGGCCAGGGGAACCCUUGAAUGGUCAGCUAGGAAUGCCAGAAAGUACAAAUCAUGAGGAUGAGGAUUUGCACAGGGAGACAGACACUCUCACUGGACAGUCAGCUGGAACUUUUCCAGUUAUUCAGCCAGGAAGAUUUCCUUCUCAUCAGCCAGAGAACCAGGUGCCUGCUGUGCAGCCACCAAGACAAAACCGAGAGUACAACUGGAAACAGAUUGGAAAGACCGAGUGCAGCACUACGUGUGGGAAAGGGUCACAAUACCCAGUUUUCCACUGCGUCAACAGAAUCACUCACGAGGAGGUAUCUGAGAGUUACUGUGACAGCAGCACCAAACCUAUUCCAGAAGAGGAGGCCUGCAACCUCUUCCCAUGUCCAGCUUUCUGGGAUAUAGGGGAGUGGUCUGAGUGCAGCAAAACGUGUGGCCUUGGUAUGCAGCAUCGACAGAUCUUGUGCCGGCAGAUGUACGCCAACCGCACCCUGACGGUACAGCAGUACCGCUGUCAUCACCUGGAGAAACCAGAGACAACCAGCACCUGCCAGCUGAAGAUCUGCAGUGAAUGGCAGAUUAGGACAGAGUGGACUUCAUGCUCGGUGCCUUGUGGAGUGGGGCAGAGGACUCGAGAUGUGAAAUGUGUCAGCAACCUUGGGGACAUCGUUGAUGAUGAGGAAUGUAACAUGAAGCUGCGACCAAAUGACAUUGAGAACUGCGACAUGGGUCCCUGUGCUAAGAGCUGGUUCCUUACAGAGUGGAGUGACAGGUGUUCUGCAGAAUGUGGUGAGGGCGUCCGGACGCGCUCCGUGGUGUGUAUGACGAACCACGUCAGCAGUUUGCCCCUGGAAGGCUGUGGCAACAACAGACCCUCGGAAACGACUUCCUGCAACAACGGGCCCUGUGCUGGUAAAGUGGAGUGGUUUGCUGGGGCCUGGACACAGUGCUCUACUGAAUGUGGCAGUGGAACUCAGCAGAGAGAAGUAAUUUGUGUUAGGAAAACUGAAGGUAAUUUUGAUGUUUUGAACCCCUAUGAAUGUUCAUAUUUGGAAAAACCUCCCAGCCAGCAAUCCUGCUACCUCAAACCCUGUGGAUCUAAGUGGUUUCAUACCGAAUGGAGCACAUGUUCCAAAUCCUGUGAAGGAGGAUUUCGGGUUCGAGAGGUACGAUGUCUAUCGGAUGACAUGACAGCCAGUACUCAGUGUGAUCCACAGCUUAAACCUGAAGAAAAAGAACCAUGUAACACACACGAUUGUAUCCCUGAAAUAGAUGAGAACUGCAAAGAUAAGUACUACAAUUGCAACGUGGUGGUUCAGGCCCGGCUCUGUGUCUACACCUAUUACAAAACAGCCUGCUGCGCGUCCUGUACCCGCGUGGCAAACAGACAACCAGGGUUUCUAGGACGCAGAUAACAAACACUCUUCUGCUCAAAGCGGCAACAUCAGUCUUCGGAUGGAGCUUGAACAGUGUUACUGUUUUGAUUACAGCAGGUUUUAGCUUCUUAGAGAUGUGUUUUCUUUAUAUUGCUGAGUACAUCAAGUCUAUGGUUAAAUCUCACACCCUUUCAGUUACUGUGCAGUUAUCUUCUUUAAAAUGUUUGUUGUAAAACCAUGAUCUUUUUAAAGCAUUAAUUUUUAAUGAUACUAUUCUUUGCACCUGCUCAUCAGAUAAUUAUUUAAAGAACAUAUCAGCCUUAGUAUUGUGAAAUCAAUGAAAAUGAAAUCAAUCACAGGCAAUUACUGGAGAUAUCUGACCAGUACAGAUGCAGCUGCUGCGUUAUUUUCUGCGUGCUUACUCUUACUUGGUAUUUUGGACUGCCUUAAAUUCGACAACUAAAUCAAUGAAACAUGCAUAUCAGAAAAAACCCUUCACAAAGAACCAGACCCUGGAAGACCCAUUUAUCAUCAGUUUCUUAGCACUCUAACGUAUAUUUUUAAUUACUUCAGUCCAUUCAUAAUAAAUGAGAGUCACUGUUAAGCUCUCUCAGUUGUACUUUUAACUAACUUCUUGUCCUCAGGCAGCAAAUAUAUAUACACUUGACUGCCAAUAAGUGCCUUUAUAUUUAAUUCAUAAACUCUUGAAUUUACACUUUUCUAAUUUUGUAUGGAUUAUAAAAUACAUUGCCUACCAGAGUGCCACUAGUGUCUAGCCCUUUAAGUCAGCUGUCAAUGAGACAGGUUUACCAGAGAGGUGAAGAGCCUUUGCUGGUGUAAAGAAAGUGACUGUUUCCAUUGGCAGGGUGUCUCUGCUGUAGGGCAGUUAUUUCAGUGAACUGGUAUCUUGCCUAAUAUCUUGUCUCUGCACUAUUGCUUAAUAACUACCGCACCAAAGUACUUUGUCACCACUUUCUGAAACAACCACCAAAGGAUGAAGGAUGCAGGCCUCUGUGCUUUAUAGUAGUCUGUUACUCUUGGCAUCAGGCAGCAGUACGAGUGUAGUAGCUGAGUAGCUGUAAAAAGGAGAUCUUAGCUAUUGACAUUCUUUGGGGUUUGAUCAGUUAUUACAACAUACUUGUCUUUUUGUCAGUCAGUGUUUCAUCCCACAGAUCUAGUCAUAUCAUCCUUUUCUACUACUCAAGAAUGGCUCCAGACCUAGAGCUCAAUUCAGGUGGUGAUUUUUCAUUUCUGCAAUUGGUGUUCUUGGCCUUGCAACUUGCUAAAUGCAGAUAGAACGUGCUGUGCAGUGCAGAUGAAAGUUUUUGCAUUAUCUGCACAAUCUCUAGCCUUCACCUGAAAUGUGUAAAUAAGGCUGAGGGAAUAAAUAAACACCUUUCCUUAUCCAGCUGUUUAUUACAGCAUAUUGCUAGUAAAUCAGUGAUACCCAACUAUGCAUCUAUUUCUGAGGUGCCUGUUGUCUGAAUUGAAAAACAGUUUUAACAAUCUGUGUUAAGUCACUCCCAGUGAUGUGAUAUAACAGUGAUUAAGGUGUCCUGCUACUGAUGAAGAGCCUUGUUUGGGCCUCAUUGUGUUUUCUUUUCUUCUUACUGCUUUGGUGGAGAGGACAUUGAAGAGAGAAUGGGGCACUGGGAGGCAAUGGUUGCUGGUGGGUUCACAUUGGUUUGUGUUCUGGAAGCCACAGGAGGGUGAAACUCUUGUGGUCUAAAAGCUGCCUUAGAUUGAGACAAACCUUAGGUUUUUUGAUUUGAAGUUACUCUUUGUGACUAUGAACCAAUAAUGUCAUUGACUGUUUCUGUCCAGCUUGAUUUGGGUUUUUUCACUGUAAUUAAUUGAUAUAAAGCUGUUAGAAACAGUAAUGCUAAUUAGAAAACCUUCCACUCAAGUUCAUUAAUCUUUUACAGUCCUGUUCCCUUGUAUUAUGAAGAUUUAUCCAUGAAGGUAACUUACCAGAUUUGUGAUAAUAUUAUAUUCCUCAGAUUCUUGACCAAAGAAUGACAUGGAGAAAGUGCAGCAUAAACAACUCUGGAAUCCAGUAUUUGUAAUACAGAUUUUCAUCUGAAUAUCUCAUUGCAGCAAAUCUUAAUAUACAGUAUAUAAUUUUUGCUGUUGUCUCUUUUGUCCCAAGGAAGUGUAUCCUGUCAGCUUGAGGGAAAUACCCGAUCCAUAAAAAGGCUUUCUGAAAACCACAAGGUGAAUGAAAUGCAGAGGUAAUCAGGUUUGCCAACAGUUAAUAGAAAAUAAUGUGCUUGCACACACUUUUGGCUGUGAGAUAGUCAGCAACUCAGCACAUAGCCAGGUGAUCCUGGUGUUUUAUAGAAUAUGUUAAUUUUGCUCUGGAAUAUAUGGCCAUUGGGUUAUAUUACAAAGUUGAUCAUGUUGUAGGCACCAUUAAGCUGCCAGUAAAGUAAACAGACUUCAUGGGAGCUAAAUAUCAAAGAAUAUACACAUACACAUAUGUAUUAUGGCUAAGGUACACAGCUUUGUGAAUUGAAUUGACUUAUGGUUAUACAAAUUGUACUUUUUUUUUAGUAAAAGGACAGUUUUCAGAUGUACCAGAUAAAACAAAAUAGAUUGCUUCACCAAAUUAAACCUCUGAUGAUAAGGAAACUGCCAGAAUGUUGUUGAACAUCAUCUCUUCUUGUUUAUCAGCAUAAUCAAAUUAGUUGUUCCUGCAAAAUUAAACCCUUCUUUUCAGCACUUUGAUGUAUUAAUAUUACCUACACAAAGUUUUAUCCUAAGAUUUCACCAUCAUAUAAAAUGCACUUUUGAAAUUGGAACUAUAGCAAGGGUUUGUUUUAAUAGAGCAGUGCACCAAUUUAGGAUGAUGCCUGCAGAGGGCCUGAUUUUACUUUCACUGUAAAUCAGAGGGGGCCUUAAUGAAUGCGGUACUUACAGCAGGUGUACAAUCAAUAUAAGUAAGAAAUUAUGCAGGCUUCUGAGUCUGAAUGCUUUAAUUCCUCUUUCUGAUAUUUUAACGUCAGUCAAAAUCCCACUGAAUGGUGGAAAAAAAUGCUUCCUUGCCUAAAGAUUUUCAUCUUACACAACCCAGUAAGACCAGAGUACGCGUAGGAAUACUGCUGUCGAUUGUAUUAUCAAGUUAUCAGGGGUCCAUCAGGGUUUUCUAGCUCCUGUGCAAUUUCAGAUCCAAGCAUAUGUUGUUUGUUAGACCCCACUUCUAUGACAAUAUGGUGCAGUUCAGAGUUUGGUCCUUUUAUACAGAAAAAGCCCAAUGUGUCGCAGAGCAUGUUACGUUAUUGACAUGUUAAUGUAAAGACAUGUAUUUUAGGUUAUUUGUUCAUACAGUUGAUAAAGGAGGUCAGUAUAGCCCUGACUCCAGUGAGUACACGCAACUCGCAGAAGAAGUCCAGAUGGGGCAGCAGUAUGGCCAGGACCUGGCUACUUACUUUGCUUAUGUCGGAGUUCAGUGCCAGUGGUACCACCAAAGGAGGAAGGAGGCAGAUGCUGGAAAAAGGGGGAGGUUAUGCAUUCCUGUAGGAAAUACUUUGCUUCUACUCUUUACAAUCUAUACCACCAUUAGUAAAAACGUGCUUUUCAGGGUUUUGCUUUCCUUCCCUUCAUCCUCAUCCUGACCUGUCUUCCUUUUACACCCACAAGUGUUCUCCUUGUCCUCUUAUCUUGCCUCCAUCCCUUUGUCCUUUGGAUGACAAUAUCCAAUUUUGCCAGAAUUACUGAAAAUCCUGAACUGGUCAUUUAGUUGAUAAGAAUCUGUAUUAGAAAUAAGCCAGGCUAUUAAGAGAGGUAUAUUCCUGCCAGUCCAGUUAUUAUUUGUGUGUGUGUGUCCGUGUUGGCUAGUUUAAAAUGCGUGGUAUUAAACUACCUACUGAGUGAACUCCUGUGCAACGAACCCGUGAUUGCACAGCUAUUGAAGUAUGUAGUGACCCUUCAUUCUCACAUCUAACAUUUAUUGCAUAAAAAAGAUAAUUAUCCUCUUCACACUCAAAAAGGAGAAACUGUGUGUCUGCCUGGUUUUCUUGAGACUUACACUUUGUGUCUCUGACUUCUCUUAGAGCUGUUGUGUGUAUUGAGCAGGUAAUUUACGUGCAUGUUUGCAAUUGGAACACAAAAUAUGACAUUUUGAAGACUGAAAGUAAACAUCUGGUAUUCCUAAGCUUACAGAAUGUUUGCGUGGAACAUAUUAGCUGUUGUUUAGAAAAUGGAACAAAAUAAUUAUUUCUAUGUCAGAAAUGAAAAAUCAUCCACUAAGGAUUUUCAAUAUAUUUUAAAGCAAACUUGUCAUCAUUAUAGUAUCUCAAUAGUGCGGGUGAAAUUCAGACCUGGUGAAAGGGAGAAAAUUCCGUUUAAGAGAAGUCACACCAGACCUGAACCUCAGCUUUUUGGUUCUCAGCUUUUAGCAACCAGAAGUUCUUAAGACUCUGAGUUCCCAGUCUUCUAUAUCCCCAUUUACUAUAAUGGGUUAUAAAUAACUUACCGCUGUAUCUGGAGAGGAGGGGAGCUUAACUUUGAGAAAUCAUUGCCCUUCCAGUGACAGCCUGUCACUGCUGCUUGCCCUGAGCGGUUCUGUCCGUGCUGUGUUUGGUUCUCUUGAGACCAGUGGCCUUGGCAGGGGCUGGGUACGUGCGAGCUUGUGAAGUCCCAUCGUAGUCACUCAGGAUCUACAUAGAGGAUCAGGAAGGACUGGAGACAAAAGAAACCCUAACUUUUUUAAUAUGUAUAAAAUUGUCUACUUGACCCUCAUAAUUGAUUUUGGCAGAAGGAUAUACUUUAUUAUAACUUAUUUUUGUUGUUAUUUGUAAAUACAAGAUGUCUAUGGGAAAUAUGUAAUUCUGAGCUGUGUCGAUGGUACAAGCCACUGCACCAAAUAUUUCAAAUAUUUAGAAUAGGCAGAUUUUUUAUUAAAAGGGACCUAAUAUGUAUUUAUUUACAUAUACCAUUCAAAUUUUGUCCAGCUUUUUCAUUAUACUAACCCAGCUUUUUAGGGAAUUUUAUAGCAGAGGUAUUACAUAUAUAUUUUUGUAUAUAUGUCAUACUGUAAAUCCAUAAUACAAUUUUCUAAACUUUCUGAUUAGCCAGUUCCUUGAGUGAAUUAAAGGAGGAGAGUAUAGGCAAAUUGCUUUCUGACUCGUUCAGGAAUCUGUAUCCAUGGCAAUGCACCUGAACCAGAACUGUACAGCAUCCUUUUCAUAUUGUAUACAUUUUCUCUUUGAUGAAAAAAUGUUAACUAUUUUUGUUUAUGACUAAUUUAUUUUUUAUUAUUGUGAAAAAUAAAGUAAU